AUGUCACGAGUCCUGGUCCUGCUUACUGUCGUGGCAUGCAUGGCCAUGGCGGUCGCUGCCGAGGGACAGAGGUGGACUGUGGUUGAUGGAGAGGUGGUGUUCAAAGGCUCAGACUUGCCGCACUGCAACAUUGAUCCGCAGCAGGUGACUGUGGGCGGGUUGUCGGCUGGUGCAUUCCAGGCCGUGCAGAUGGCGGUGGCGCACUCGGGCCUCUUUGCUGGGCUCGGCGUGGUGGCCGGUGGACCGUUCUACUGCGCACAGAACCAGCUCGAUCUGGCACUGACCUCGUGCACCAAGACACCGGCGCUGAUCUCGGACACGGUUCUUCUGGGCGAAAUGACGUACAUGGAGACGACGCUGCAGAUCGAUCCGCUCAAGAACAUCGAGGAGACCAACGUGUAUCUGUACUCGGGCACGCUCGACACAGUCGUCCACCAGGGCGUCAUGUCCAAGCUUGAGGAGCAGCUCUCCAAGUGGGUUGACGCAUCGGCAAUGACGGUCAAGCUCGACAUCCCGUCGGUCCAUUCGAUUGUGACCGACUACACUGGGCACGCGUGCGACCACUUUGAGUCGCCGUACAUUGUCAACUGCGGGUACGAUCUUGCCGGCGAAAUGCUCACCUCGCUCUACGGCCCGCUCAACAACCGGUCGGCGCCGACAGCACCGCCGGCAUCAUCGAUCCUGGACAAUGUGUAUCAGUUCUCGCAGGCUGCGUUCAUUCCUGGCGUCUACACGCCCGGCGAGCUCUCGCUCGACACCACUGCAUACGCGUAUGUACCGCCGGCAUGCAUCGCCUCGGAUGACGACGCCAUGAACGCCACCUUUUGCAAGCUUCUGGUCCUCUUCCACGGCUGCGAGCAGUCGCUCAAGGAAAUCUCGACCCAGUUUGUGCUCAACACGGGCGUUCUCCAGUGGGCGGAGACCAACAACAUCGCCGUGCUCUUCCCGCAGGCCACGUCGAACGCGCUCAACCCCAAGUCGUGCUUCGACUGGUGGGGCUAUACCGGUGUCGAGUACCCGACCAAGCUCGGCCCGCAGAUUGCCACGGUGUACAGCAUGAUGCAGCACAUGGCCAAGCUGUAGCAGAUAAAGUAUGUCGUCGUG